CUCUGAAUAAUCUGAAGCUUGCAGAUCCCUCAGUAAAUAAAACAGUGAAUGAAUACCUUGCAGUGGAUAAUGACUUAGUUAGUACUGAGUUACUUACAGAAGAAGAUAUAUUCGAGGAAUUUUGA